CCCUCCCCUCAGUUCCGCAGCCGCGCGGCAGAAUGGCGGCUCUUUUGGAAAGUGUCCUGGCGAGGAAAGUGGACAUUAGUACGGUCACAGCCUGGCUCGGAAACCUGGAGGAGAAUGACAGACUGUCAUUCAGUAAAGCCGGGCUGACGGUUCACAAGCAAGAAUUUGUCCCUUUCCUUUUAAACUUCCUGAGAGAGCAGAGCAGCCAAGCACUAACCCAUGGCCCCACCACGCCGGCCAAGACCCCCAGCCGUCCCAGGCCUGCUGCACAGACACAAGGCUUCAGCGACAGGAGGGGUUGCAGGUCUGCUGGAGAUGGAGCUGGGUCACGGAGUGCCAGCCGGGUCCAGCUGUUUUCUUCGGCCACCACUUCUGUGUCACCUGGGACUGAGUGGGAUGCCUCUGCUCAGUCGGAGUCCCAAUGUCUUAGCGGGGUCAGCGCCCUCAGCAGCCCCUCCUUUACCACAGCAUGGAGCCCUGCCUCCAGACCCUCUGGCUCCGAGCGCCGGCCCAGCCAGAGGAUCAGUCUUGGGGACUAUAUGGUUUCCCCUCCGGACCUCCACCACAGCCCUAACCAGCAAAUGCACAAAGGCCGCAGGAGGAGUGGUGGUGGUGGAAUAGCUGGACAAGGAAGACAGGGAGGAGGGGGGCGUGGAGGACAUCACAGUGAGGAAAAUGUACGGUGGGACAGUGGGGGGAGGCGGUCAGGUCGAGGAGGAGGAGGGUAUAGUAGGGUAAAUGAGCAGGUUUCACCUCCGUCUGUGGCGCAGCUCAACUUUAACAACUUGGAGGAUUUCCCUCCUGUUGGGUCAUCACCGGUUUCACCAGCGGCAUCCAAACCAUCGAGGAGAAUAAACCCAACACCUGUCAGUGCAGAGCGGCCACACUCCAAACCAAAGACCUGUUUCACCUCCACACCAUUCAGGAAGCCUGCUACUCCCCCACCAGGGAUAGAAGCACUUCAGGGGUUGAUGACAGUGGGCAGUCCGCUGAGCCUGCAGGAAGAGAGGGAACUUCUGAAGAGGGAGAAGUCAAAGCGAGCCCAGCAGGGUGGCUCUCCUCUGCCCUCCUCUCUGGACCCUUGCACCCCGACCAAGUCAGGGCUUAGGAUCGGAUCUAAAGUUACACCUGAUCAGCAGACGACUAGUCCUGAACCAUCCAAAGUCACCUUGUCCUCUGAGCUGGAUCUCUUGGCAGAGCUGUAUUGUACCUGCAUUUCUGAAAACCUGGUACCAAACAUCUUCCUGGAGCUUUUCUUUGUGAUGCAGUUGUUGACGUCUCGGUCCCCUCACUCUCCCAACAGUGAAGAACAGGAAAGCUUGUUUUCUGUCAGUUCAGAUGUUCUGGAGAGAUGUUACCUACGACAAGUACACAACUGUGUGUAUUUUGCAGUAAAGGUUCUGGAGAAGCAGUUUCAGUUGGUGGCUCAUUUGGACAAAUGUACACUGCGUCUGCUGGCAGAGAACGAGAGGAUGGCGUCUUUCUCUCCAGAUCUCAGGGACCGUCUCACUCAAGCCCAGGACAGAAGCACAGCCAAGCUCUCUCCCUCCGUUUCUACUUUCAUCCACUCAGUCCCGUUCCGUCCUGCUACAGACAACAGGUCCAACUUCAGUAGUGACAAGGCCUUCCACACUUUUAAAAAACAGAGAGAUAUUUUUUAUGAAAUCCUGCGAGAGUGGGAGGACCUUCACACGGAACCAGGAUGGAACUUUUGUUCUGUUUUAGGAAGCAGAAUAAGGGGAAUGAUGAAUCAAUUGACCUCUGCUGGAAACCAUUCUCAUUUUGUGCGUCUGUUCCUGAAGCAGCUUGUUCAGAUGUGUAAAGGCCCCCGUGUGAACAGCUCUCCCGGAGAUACCGCUGACAAUGACCUGCUAGGCAUGCUGGGAGCUGACAGCUUGGGGCGUCUGAAGCGUCUUGAAGAGCGUCUCAUUCAGCCUCACGGAGUCGUGGGUCCUUGUCCUCCUCCAUCCUUCCCUGGCCACCAGGAGUUCUUCAGAGACUUUCUUCAGGCAGCGAGCUGCUGCCAGCUGAACCAGCACCUGCAGGACAGCCUGUGUCAGCAGCUCCUCCAGCUUGACGAGGUGUCCAUCCUGAGCCCCCCUGCUCCCACUGCAGAGGGGGAGGAGGAGGGAGAUGGAGACAUGGAGCAGCAG